UUGCGAGACUAACUAGCCGUCACACACCACACACAGUAUAUAUAGUAUAGUACACAGUGAACAGUAACCAAAGGUGGCACCACUAGCUAGCUAGCUAGGGCCUAAAGAUUCCGGACGGAAGACUGCAUGCUCUGCUGGACUGGUGGCUUUCCCUGGACAACUGAGAGGCUGAUUGAUUGCUCCUGUCUUCAGUAUAUUCGACUAUACAAGUGAUCCAACUUGGUACAACAGUUAGGUAUAUAGUUCUGUCCAACCACCCACUACUCCGAAGGGUUGCCAUGGUAUCCAAAUUUGAAGAAAAUUUCUGGGGCGAGGGUAACCAUGGUUACGAGGUCCUCCUACAGAACAUGAAGGCAGGUAUGGUGGCCAGCAAAGAAUUAGCCGAGUACGUCAAUCAAAGGAUUUCUGUGGAGGAUGGCUAUUGUAAGGGCCUGUCCAAAACACACAAGUUUGUUCAGCACAUCUCCGGCAUCACACUCGGUGGAUUUGCCCCUCUGUGGGAGGUCCUCACUGAAAUGAGCCAUCAGUUGAGUGACAUUCACGGGCAGUUUGUCAAGAUGCUCAUGGAGCUGAACAAAGAGAUACUGGAAUACAACUCCUCACAGAAGGACAAACUCAAGAGCAGUAUGAAGGGAGAGAUAGAGCAGGCCCAGGAGUCCCUACUAGCAUUCCAGGGAACAGAAUCAGGUAUCCAGAGGACCAAGAAACAGUACCAGCAAAGUGUGGAGCAUCUAGCCAAGGCUGUUGCCAAACAGGAGAAGGCAGCUGAUCCUGCCAAGCCUAACCUUGAGAGUCGCUUACAUCAGGCCAAGGCUUGGAUGGAGACCAUGAAGAGUGAUCACCAGACUGCCACCAGACGUCAGUGUGAACAGGUGAUGGACUUCCAGCUCAAGAUGAAAGAGGCGUGCCAAAAGUUCGAGUCUCUCGAGGAAGAGCACCUGGCACAGAUGUCCACCUUUGUUAUCAAAAUAGCCAAGACUCAGGACACCCACCACCUUCGUACAGAACGUGUGUAUGGAAAGGUCAACGAGCAGCUGGAUAUAUUCUCAGUUGAGAAGCUACUAACUGAGCUGGUCAGUAGCAAGGGGACAGGGCGAGACAGACCAGUUCCGUACAAGUUCACAGCUCUGGAGGUCCCUGGCAAGUCCAUACCUCCGAGUGCCUCAGCUGAGGACGUGACCUCCCCCACACACACCAACCCCAGGACACACUCCAAGGGAGAGAAGGGUUUGAAGGGUUUCCUGAAAUCAAAGAGAAAGAAGAAUGCGUCUGCCAUGGCCAGUGCUGAGGGUGGUCCACCCACCGAGCCUCUCCCUGAGGUGGAUGAGGAAGGCUACUCUAUUCGCCCUGAGCACGCCUCCCACAUCGGAAUGUUUUCAGGGAACGCUGACAAACAAGAAUCUGACUCGGACAGUUUCUCGGACGAUGAGCCAGAAAAUCGUAUUAAGAAGAUCAAGAUAAAAGAGAGGUCUGUGGACACGGCCACGGUGGACGACAUCAAGGCCUCUGUGAUGAGCCUCAAGAUAGGCAGCAAUAGCCCAGGCAUGAGGAAGGCUACCAGCUCACAGUCCCUAAAUAUGUUUGCCACACCCCCAAGCUCUCGUAGGGAAAGCUCCACAGCCAGCAACACCAGUGCACAGGCGAGUGUGACCUCUCUGAUAGACAUAGACCUAAUACUGUCUGGGAGUAGCGUGGUACAUGGCAUCCCCUCCCCCCUUCAACCAGUAUCCUCCCUCCCACCACCUCUCCUCGGUGGAGGGGAGGACCUUACACAGACCCUGACUCCGUGGAGUGUGUCGAGUGAAGCCCCUAAAUCCUUGAAACCAAUCCCCACCCCGAGGAGAGGUUCCACGCCCUCCAAUACUUCCACAGCAAGUGCCACGCCCACCCUUCCUAAAAUAGUGGCACCCGAGCCGUCUCUACAACAACCACAGCCUAGCAACGCUCUCCCUAGCAACGGGUCGUCCCCGGAACACAUUUACGGUAAUAUUCAAGUUUUUAAACCAGUUCCAAAACCAACCGCCGCUGAGAAACACAAAGACACUGCUGUCCUCAGCCCUCUGAUCUUGCCCUCUCCACGGCGGUCCAGCCCCACCACCCCUAAAAGAAACGGUGGUACACCUAGUGCGUCGUCUGAGCUGAGAGUGGUCUCCCCUCUGGCUAUCACCACUCGUUCUGCCACCGCUAGCCCCACGGAUGCGGCCACUAACUCCAAGCCUGCAGUCCCACUAGCCAUUGCUUUCAGAGAGACUUGUAAUGCCAUUUUCCACGGCACUGAUGUCAGUAAGUGUGUGUCUAAAGUGAGUGGUGAGGUGGUGAUGUCGUUUCCCUCCAACUACCUGGGUACUCUUAGUUCCAGUGAGCCUCUCUCUUUCAACCUGAGCAACGUGGAGUCCGUGGAGAGAGUUCUACACAACCAAUAUCUACUCAAGAGGAAUGAGGGUGAUCGAUACACGUUUGACAUGGUGGCCUUGUUGUCAAAGCUUCAGACAAUGAAGGAGAAACACUCUUCUCCAUUCUACAAUGUUCAGUUGCUUAAAUACGAGGUCAAGUUGCCAGACCCCUCCCAUCUCCCUCUGAAGCUUGUUUGUUAUUGGAAGUGUGAGGCUAGCGUCACUAACUUCCGACUGGACUACACCUACCGCUCGGCUGUUAUGAAGACGGUGAGUGGAGAUACCAAACCUCUCAACAAGCUGUCAGUGACUGUCCCUCUUGGCGGAGCUGUGAAGAACGCUCUCUCAAAACCAAAUGGCAAUUGGAACCCAGAGCAGAGCAAGAUGGUGUGGGAGAUAGCCACAGUGCCUCCGACACAAGGACAAGAGUCGAGCUCAUCUCUCCAUGCCAAGUUCGACGUGUCUGACGGUCCGUCUGUCCCUGUACCAGCUGGCGUGGGCUUCGAGUGUGAAGGAGCCACUCUCUCCGGACUGAACCUAGAACUUUGUGGCACUGCCUAUAAAGUGUCACUCCUCAAAUUUAAGUGUGGCUCUGGAAAGUAUGCCGCAGAAGUUAGUUAAUCAUGGACAGACAUAAUUAUAAUUAUAUAUAAUUAUAAUAGAGUUGUUAUAUUAUCAUGUAGUUAACUUCAUGCUCUUUAGUGUGUUCUUGUGAACCCUGUGUUGAAUUGAUUUGUUCGCUAUAAUUAAUAUAUAAUUAUAAUUACGGUGACA